UUUUUCUUGAUAACUAAAUACACAAGCAUGGACCCUUUCUAGAAUAUUGUAAGAAAAUUCUAACCAGCCAAUCCCAGUUUCUCAUCCAUCUUAUUAACUACUAUAUAUGUUCAUCAUACCAACCCUUUCUUCUCCAUAUUUUAUUUCAAAUCCCUAGCCUUUCAUUUCCAUUCUCUAACUAUAUAUUUUGGCUUUCGAAGACACUUUAUAUGCUUUCUUGAACCCUUUUCUUGUUUUGCCUUCCAAAACACACAGACAACAACAGCAAAAGAAGAGAAUUUAAAUGGGGCUACGUGACAUUGGAGCAACUCUGCCUCCUGGGUUUAGGUUCUGUCCCAGUGAUGAGGAACUGGUCUGCCAUUAUCUUUACAAAAAGAUCACAAAUGAAGAGGUUUUGAAGGGUACUUUGGUUGAAAUUGACUUGCAUACAUGUGAGCCAUGGCAGCUUCCUGAGGUGGCAAAGCUCAAUGCGAACGAGUGGUACUUCUUCAGCUUCAGAGACCGGAAGUAUGCGACCGGUUUCCGAACCAAUCGUGCUACGACAUCUGGAUACUGGAAGGCUACAGGGAAAGAUCGCACGAUUGUGGACCCAACGACUCGUGAGAUUGUAGGGAUGAGAAAGACCUUAGUGUUCUACAGGAACAGAGCUCCCAAUGGAAUCAAGACUGGUUGGAUCAUGCACGAAUUUCGUCUUGAGACCCCGCAUAUGCCUCCAAAGGAGGAUUGGGUUUUGUGUAGAGUAUUCCACAAAAGCAAGGGAGAAAACAGCAGCAAAUUUGAUCAACAAUUCAUGUUUGAGACCACAGCUAGUCAUAAUAAUAGCAUCAAUAAUGGUCCAUUGAGUAAUUUAGGAGCUUCUCCUCUAACUGAUCAGCACCAGGGUCUGCCUUGUGGGUAUCAUCAUCAGCAAAUCACCUCAUUAUCAUCAUCAUCAACAACCCCAACCCAUCAAAUAAGUUAUGACAAAAGCUCUCUGCUAAACCUUCUUCAGCUUUCCCAGGAAAGGAUCACCAACCCUUUGACAACGACGACUACUACCACUGAUCUCAGCUCCAAAGGGGAUGAUGAUUAUGAAUUCGUCUGGGAGGACAUGAACUUGGAAGAAACUAGCCUGGUAGAUGGAGGAGCUUCAAGCUUGGAGAACAUGAGAUUUGAAAUCGGUAACAGCAUGGUUUUCCUAUGAAAUACUAAUUAAUUAUGUAUUUACUUAAUUAAAAAGAGGAAAAAUAUAGAUAUAUAUAAAUAUCCAUUUGUUGAUUUAUAAUGUAUUUGUGGUGUUUGGAUUUGAGGAACAAUUCAAGGUUUGAUUGGAUCAAAUGUUGUUAAUUAGGAAUUAAUUAAGAUUGUAUUAGUAGUUCUUCUCUAUAUUAUUUAUGGUUAAUUAGGGUUUAUUUAUUUUUUGUAUACAAUAUUUGGUAUCUGUACAAAAUUAUAUUAGUAUAAUAUCAACCAUUAAUCA